GUGAGCAGCUAUCAAGGCGGGCUGAAGAAAAGUAUGCGUACCUCAUUGAUCAUCGCCCAUUACCUCAGUGCGGGCAUUGACAACAUCCACGAGAAGUCCUGAUCUGAAUUUUACUGCAGAAUAUGUACAUUUGAAGGAUUAUAUCGGUACCUAGAGAUUACCAAUAAUUUAUCUACGAAAGAGAAAAUGUAACGUAAUUUAUUAGCUGCUGUGGCUACGUGUUGUUCCGCCUGUACUGUAGUCUUGCUGAAAAUGAUGUACUCUAUGAUCACAGAGAGUCAAGCAAAAGAACAGUGACUUGUGUGGAGAUCCGAUUGUUUUAUUUGUGGAUUUGCAAUUAAAUUGGGACAGGCGGAUUUUGCUUGGUUGGUUCGCAACUUCGGAUUGAAGAAAAAAAGUUGACCAUCGGAGAAAGUCAUGGCCAGCAACAGAUCACGCAGUGAGGAUGAGGAUGAGGAGCUCCUCUCGACGGACCCUGAGAGCAGGGAAGUGAAGAACCCCAAGAAGCUGCUGUGUAAAGUCAAGUGGUCCAGGGAUGAGGAUGAACUGCUGAAAAAGCUGGUUGACAAACAUGGAACGGAGGCCUGGAGACUGAUUGCAAGUUACCUUCCUAAAAGAACAGAUGGCCAGUGUCAACACCGCUGGCAGAAGGUGCUCAACCCAGAACUGGUGAAAGGGCCCUGGACAAAAGAGGAGGAUCAGAGGGUCAUCGAGCUGGUCCACAAAUACGGCCCCAAGCGCUGGUCCAUCAUCGCCAAGCACCUGCAGGGCCGCAUCGGCAAGCAGUGCCGGGAGCGCUGGCACAACCACCUCAACCCAGAGGUGAAGAAGUCCUCCUGGACCCAGGAGGAGGACCGCAUCAUCUACGAGGCCCACAGGCGUCUCGGCAACCGCUGGGCCGAGAUCUCCAAGCUGCUGCCUGGGAGGACGGACAACUCCAUCAAGAAUCACUGGAACUCCACCAUGCGCAGGAAAGUGGAGCACGAGGGGUACCUGCAGGACAGCUCCGGGUCCUACAAGUCCGUCCAGGCCAUGAAGAGAGAGCACAAAUCCCGCUCUGCAGCCAUGCGGCACGAGCAGAACCAGAUGUUCCUGACCAACCCAGCUCAGCUUGCGGGAUACUCAUUUAGUCAGUGUGUGGACGGCAUCACUGAAUCCUCACAUGUCUUUGUUCAGAACCCCGACAGGUACCCGCGCUGGUCCGACAGCAUGGCGGACGACACCAUGACCACCAUGAGCAGCCUGGAGGACCACAGCAUGGAGUUCUGCCGCGCCGAGGAGAGCCUGGGUUCGGGGUCCAGUUCCGCGCCCGUCCAGGUCUCCCCCAGCAAGUUCCUGGCAGUGGAGGCCAGCGCCGUGCUGAGCUCCCUGCAGACCAUCCCGGAGUUCGCCGAGACCAUGGAGCUCAUCGACUCGGACCCGGUGGCCUGGAGCAACGUGGCCAGCUUCAGCCUGACAGAGGUGGCCUCCCCCAUGAAGCAGGAGGAGACCCCACCUUUCCCCCAGCCCCAGGACCAGGACGGGACCCCUGAGGAGAUGGGCUACCAGUUCGACGGCCUCGCUGUGACCGACCAUGGCAAGGGAGGGGCUGGGGGCGGCGGCCAGGGCAAGGCCGUCCCCUUCGUCUCACCCAUUGUGGCCAAAUUCAACACGCCCCCGUCCAUCCUGAGGAGGAAGAGGAGGGAGAGGGGAGAACAGUCUCCCUCAGGGGAGAGCAAUAGUGCCUCCUUCCUGGACACCAGCGGCUCCUCGCCAAAGACCACCCCCGUCAAAGCUCUGCCUUUCUCCCCCUCCCAGUUUUUCAACAUAUCGGGGAAUGAACAUUUGAACCUGGACAACCCUGCCCUGACGUCCACCCCCGUGUGUGGACAGAAGUGUCUCCUCAACACUCCCCAGCAGAAGGAGAUGACGCCCAAACACCAGAAGGAGAAUGCUGGCUUUAGGACCCCUAAAAUCCGGAAAUCUAUCUUGGGCCCCACUCCACGGACUCCAACGCCCUUCAAAAACGCCAUGGCUGCCCAGGAGAAGAUGUACGGACCCCUGAAGAUGGUGCCUCAGCCUCUGGCGUUCCUGGAGGAGGACAUCCGAGAGGUGCUGAAAGAGGAGACGGGCACAGACAUAUUCCACCGCGGGGAAAUGCAGCCCGAAUUCAGAGCCUGGAAACAUGAUGCUGACGCUCCCGCCCGUAAAGUGAGGAAGUCCCUGGUGCUGGACUCCUGGGGCAAGGACUGCCUCAACGUGCAGCUGUUCUCCCAGGAGCAGAUCAACAAUGCGCAGCCUCCCGGGGACAGCCUGCUGACCAGCUCUCUGCUGAUGACGCCCGUUUUGGACAGGGAGGGCCGCGCCUCCUCACCCCCGCAGGUGAAACAGGAGCCGGGCUUCAGGAAGGACAGCCCCUCUCUGACCCGGACCUCCCACUAUGACUCCCCCGCUCAGGUGAACAGCGAUUGGGAGACGGUCGUCUACGGGAAGACGGAGGACCAGCUGAUCAUGACGGAGCAGGCCAGGAAGUACCUGAACACGUACUCUAGCGGCUGUGCUUCCAGGGCGCUGGUCCUCUGACCGGACCGCCACACUACACCGCCCGUCCGUCUGCCCGUCCGCCACGGAAACGUUCUCAUAACCGGCAGACUUAACACUUAGACAAUCUUCAUGUAGGAAACUGACUGUCCAGUUCUUUUAGUUGUCUGCGCCACCCUUACCAGAAUAUCCCAGUGUCAUUUCUGAGAACAUUUAAGCAAAAGGCAGAAGUGUGUUCCUGUCCCAACUUUAAUAUUGAGUCAGAGUUUAUUUUUGGGGGGCCAUUUUGAAAAACAAAUGUUAAUGCUAACAUAGCACCUCUGUCUGUUGGUACAACCAAGGCAAGGCGUUUCCCCUGGCUCUCUCCAGCCCGUUGGUAAUGUGAAUUUGAGUUCUAGUCAUUAUUGGCGACCUCGUUUUGAAGACCUACACAAUUAACUUUCCUACAAUACCAGCCAGGCCAGAAUUUCCACAAAUAACAAUAAGGUUAUUUUUGGCGCCAUGUUGUGUAUUCAAAUGAAAUGGCUUGCAUAUAGGUUGUUGGUUGUUGAGUGUAGACUCAAUAUAAAACUAGAGGUGCUGCUUAUUAAAAAAAAAGAAGCAUUAUUAUAAAACAGAAAUAUGUAAAAGUGUAUGUAUACAAAUACGUAUAUCUUCCUGCUUUCUUUUAUAUCUGCCUUUUUUUUGGGGGGGGGAAAAGUUGAUGUGAAGUCUUAAUGAACAGAAAGCACUGUCAGCAUUGCACUACUUGUUUUGGUUUGCUGCAGAAGGAUGAGCAGUCGAUGCAGUUCAGGAGGAACAGAAUAGCACUUGCGAUGUGACUGUGUCAGCUCAGAUAAAUGAGGGUUGUGCUCCUACACAGUGUUCCAUUUUAGGAGUCUCAAGUUGAGACAUUUAUUGAAUGUAUUGUACAGUGUGUAACUGCAGAGAGCCGUUGUAAAUUGGAAAGGUACCUUCCUUAAUUUUAUUUAUUUUCUGCUCUAAAGCUUAAAUGUUGAUAUUUAUGUAUAUUAGGCAUCUGGAAGUUUUUGCUGUUUCCUGUAAAGAAACCCUACCUGUGCAGGCCAUGGCUGCCAGAGAUCCUUGUAUCUCGUUUUUCGCUCUUCGCCACGACUUACAUUCAGGCAACUACCCGCAAGGAAUCAUGUCUGGUACCAACUGAAGGGUCUCAGGUCCUAGUCCCUCUGUAAAAUGUCCCGAGAGCGGCUGUGUGAGCAAGAUGGAUUUCUUGUUUGUGUAGAGCUGUAGGUUGUAUUUAUUAAAUGUUUAAUAAUUUAUUGCUAAAAUAUUGAAAAAUCUAUAAUUAUAUUUACUUUCAAUUUUGUUUUUAACAAAAAAAUAUAUUUGGCUACUAUCCACCUCCAUUCUGGAAAUAUGAAGAAACGGGAACUGCCACAGUGUAAACCAGUUUAUUCAUCCGGUCGUCAGUGGAUAAAAAUGGAUUUGUACCCAUUGGCUGGGUAUUUCCUUAUUACCCCAUAGAUGUAGCACAGCUUAUGAAAGGUGGUUUGCUAAGCUUGUUGAAAUAAAGCCAGUUAUUCUGUACAGGUAGCAGCAUCCAGCUUCCAAAGUCAAAAGGUAGAAGAUUUGCACUUUUUUUUCAUUGUUUAAAUGUGUUUGUUUUUUGCUGCUGACGUAGCUUGUUUUCGUUUUUAUUUUUGUUUGGUUUCGUUUGGUCCGUAUUGUUGUUUUUGAUUAGCUGGUGAUGUUUGCUGAAUGUCUAACUGCACGUGCGGAUUGAACACUGACACGGUGAGAGGGGAGAGCAGCGGGGAUCUCGAUCUCGAUCUCGCUCGCUCUCUCCUGCCACUCCCUCUGCUGUGAAACAGAGCCUGCCUGCUCCGGCUGGGAACCCGACCCAGAGCCCGGUCCUGUGCCGCACAGUGCAGUGUAAAGGGGCAUCGUCUCCCAGCUCUAGCAGCAGAAAUACUUUACUGUAGUAGAAGCCCCUGUCUGAGCCCAGCCCGUUUUCACCAUAAAGCAAAUCCAUUUUUGAGUUUGUAUUUUCGACUGCUCGCCAUCUCGCAGGUGAGUAAUAAGUACAAAUUGUUAAAAAGAAGUAAAUGUAUAAAACGUCCAGGGUCAGUGACGGUCCAAGUGUAUGCUGCUUAGUGCUUGUUUUAGCAAGUAUGUAUGGUGUUAGAUGUACGUAUGUAUGUGGGGUGUUAAUGGCGGCUGACCAUUCUUCUGAAAACUCCCCAAGUACAGCACUCAAACAAGCCAAUGUGUGUUUAAUAACUUUUUAACAGUACUUGCAAUGUCUUGAGCUAGUCAAUAGGCUAGCGUAGAAUAGAUACAGGACCCAUAAAAUGCGUGUAGUCACACCUUGUGGUCUUAAAGGACCUGUUUGGUGUUUUAAUGAGUCUGUCACAGAAUUCCGUUUAACGUUGAUAGGUUCAGCGAGCAAGAAUGCUUUUAACAGUGAGUGACUACCUGCUGUAGCUAGCAAAAAUCAAGGCAAAUGAUUAGGCAAAUGUGUAUAUCUGUACGAAGCACUACAGAGCUACAGUAGAGUAUACCGAUUGAAUUUUGCUCAAAUAUUUACUGCGUCAAUGCAUCGAAAUGUCAGACUUAAAAACAUGGGCAACAGCUAAAUGUUUUUGCUUUGUUUUCUUUUUAUGUCUUUGUUUUCUGUGUAAAUGUUUUGGGUUUCUGUGUAGAUCCUAAGUUGUAUUUGUAACUUUUCCUUUCUCUAAUGUUCCACCACCUAAUUCUAGGUUUUGAGGGAAGAAAGUACAUGUAGCAGUUGUCAUAUACUUCAACAAAGCAACACACUCAGCAUUUAUUCCGUAUUGUACUUCAUUUCUUACAGAUGUAACAAAUACACUGCAUUUCAUUUGCUAUUUUACAGUUCUCUAUCUCACUGUUCUGCUGAAGGAUCACAGCAUUCAUUUCUAUAUUCACCAGUACCAUAGAAGUCCUGCCAGCUACCGUUGUAAUGCAUGUACUUGAUAUGGAAUAAUAAAAUGCUUUAUGCAUUA